UUAGUCGUUUGUGAGCCUUUCGAUUGUUGAGUUGUAAAUUUUGAAGAAGAGACAAAAGAAUUUCAAUCGGAAUCAUGAACAUUAAAAUUUUAUUUUUAUUUGUUGCACUUUUCUGCAUAAUUCAGUUCACGCAAGCUGAUUUCAUGGAAGAUGUUAAAGACGUGUGGAAAAGUUCAGUAAAAGGAGUACAGAAAACAUUCUCAUCAAUUGGUGAUUGGUUUGGAGAUAAAGCCAGCGAUGCAAAAGAUGCAACCUCUGACUUGUAUGAUGAUGCUAAAUCAGGCAUGAAAGACAUCUCUAAAAAAAUUAGUUAACUCAUAGACAUUAUUUUUAUUUGCUUUUUCUUUUAUAACAGUUUUUGAGAACUUUUAAGGUCAAUAAAAAUGAGAUUAAUAAAAAUUCUUCUUUUGAGAUAUUAAACCGA